AUGUCUCGAGGUAUCGCCCUUCAAAUGAGACGGAAAUUCGGGCAGGUGGACCAAUUGCGAAAAGAACAAAAAUCAGUUACUGAUGUAACCGUUAUUCAGUCAGAACAACGAACAAUAUUUUAUUUAUUAACAAAAGAGCAUCACUGGCAAAAGUCGACGUAUCAAGCAAUCUAUAGUUGUUUACAGAAACUUAAAGAAUUGUGUAUGCAAUUAAAAAUAACCAGUCUAGCUUGUCCAAGGAUUGGAAGUGAAGCAGAUGGACUACAAUGGGAAAUCAUCCGAAACAUGUAUCGAAACACCUUUGGAAAUUUGAAACAUCAAAGUCUGUAUCUACACCAGAGAUGA